CCUCUCAGGGUCCAAUGCAGGGCUUUGCACCUCCAGCCAUGAACCCUGACCCAGGCUUUGGUGCACCUUACCUGCCAGAACAGUCUGUUUCAUACACAGGGACACCCUUGCCACCACAAGGGUCCCUCAAUGAGGCACUGCCGACUGUACCAGAGCAGCAACAAAACCAUCAGCCAGUGGAAAGGCGUUUAAGUUCUGCGCCGUCCUCGCCAACCAGAAAUGCUUUCCCCCCGCAGGAACAGAUUGAUUUCUAUGACCAAAUGGUCCACAUGGCCCCAGGCAGAAGGUCCAGGCCUACUUCUCAGUCUUCGAUGCACUUGGGUCAUGGAAGACGGUCUCGCACAACAUCCGAGUCCUCCAGUCACUCAAUCGGACGUGACGGAAGAAACUCUGCUGGAGUGCAGCCCAGUCCACCUCCUCCAUCGAUUCCAGAACAACCGGCACGCAAACCAGAAAAACCGAAGAAGGACUCGCCCAAGAAGGGCGGGGGAGGAGGAUGGCUCAGUUGGCUGACUCGAAAAGGAAAAAAUGAGGCUCACCUACCGGACGAUAAAAACAAAUCGAUUGUCUGGGAUGAGAAGAAACAGCGCUGGGUUAAUCAAGACGAACCUGAAGAGGAGGGCAAACCACUUCCACCACCUCCCCCUGGUUUCCCAAAGAUGGGUCCACAGAUGGCACAAAUGGGGCCUGGAAGGCCACCUGGCAGUGGUCCCCAAGUUAACAUGUUUUCAAGGAAAGCUGGUGCAAGAGGUCGAUACGUUGACAUUCUCAACCCUGGAGGAAUAGGUACCAAGCCUCGUUGUCCUACCCCUGCCCCAGCAGCUUUGUUUGCACCUCUGGCACCAAUGCCCAUCCCUGCAAACCUCUUCGUACCCAGUGCAGCUGAUGGUGGACAGCCUAUGGAAGGCAGCACUGCUGAAGCGGAACCCAACACAGAACAGAGUAACAUGGACACACAGUUUCUUAACCCAGCAGCUUGCCCUCCUGGCUCUGAAGCACCUGUGAAUACAGAGGGGUCACAGUCUGGGGAGCUCUCACGUUCUAGCUCAAUGAGUUCAUUAUCACGUGAGGUGAGCCAGCAUUUCAAACAGGCUUCUAACCAGCCCCCUGCUCAUGGAGGUCUACCUGCAGGAGGUGUCACUUUCUAUAACCCCUCUCAGUUUACACAGCCAGAAGGACCAUCGGCUGGCACAAGAGCGGGGAGAUUCAGCCAGAGAAAAUACCCAGCCGUGAAGUAACAUCUGCCAGCCUGACCCGUCUACCCUUUCAAGAAAAUAAUGAAUUCCCACAUACAGUCAAUAAUUCAUUGUGACAUUAACUAUUACAGGAAUGCAAAUUAAGAAAGAAAACAAGAUCAAGAUACUUAUCCACAGUAGUUUUCUAAAGUUUAAUAUUGUCUUAAUUUCAGUAUUUAACUGUUUACUAUAACUGCCCAAUUGGGUCCAUCAGAAUAAUUGUGAAUGUCACAAUGCUUUAUUGAUCUGCAUAUUCAAAAUGUUAUCAGCAUUUGUCACACACUUAAAAAGCAAACUUGCUCAGAAUAUUGAACAAGAUUAUUCAGGAGCCAGUAGUUUUACCAUCACAGACAAUUAGUAAAGCAAAAAUGACAUGUUUUAAUUUAUUGAAUGCUUUUUAUUUAAAUAUUGGUGAAAAACAAACUUGUUACCAUUGAGCACAAGGACCAUGGCCCUUGUAUACCAUUCCUCAAUACACAAGUCAGGACCCUGCUUAAAUCCUUCUAAGAACUUUUUUUUUUAAUUUGAAUAAAUGAAUCACCUGUUUUUAUCCUAUAUGUAUGUAGUUGACUUUGAUUCUAGAAGGCUGCUGUCAAAACAAAUUAUAUAGCCUGUCUGUAUAACAGGCAAAGCUUAAAAAUCUGGAAGGGUGGAUUGUGUGAAUUUUUUUUUAAAGUGCAAUAUUAUAUAUGCUUUCUCUUAACUGAUCUUGUCAUUAAGAGGGGGAAACGGCUUGACAGAAAUGUGAAAGUGGUUGUUUACCCAUUAUGAGUGUUGGAAUGUGAUUUGUAAUUACCUGCCAUGUGUAGUAAUUGUUAUAAUUAACCAAGAUCUUCAUUUAUCUGCUCUAAUGUUUUAACCAUACUAAAAUAAAGAGGAAGACCAGAACCACGGAAAACCAGCGUUACUUUGGCAGAAGGUGUCCGAAUUCAACAUCAUUGGAAUUCCGUUUUAUUGUCGUACAUCUUUUCAAAUAUGUGUAUAUCAGAAUCAAAUCGUAUUUAUGAUAUGUGAUCAAAAGAGGUGAAAAGCUUAUUAAUUAAUGAAUUAAUCUAACUUAACAUGACUAGGACAAACUGUAGUGUAUGAAAAUUCUGAUCCUCAGUUGUACUUUUUUCAACAUAGUACCCAAGGUUUUCAAAGCAUCUACCAGUACAGAAUGAAGUACAACAGUUCAUUUAUGGAAUGUUAUUGGAGGGGGAGGUAAAAAAGAGGUUUUGGUCUAAUCUUUUUUUAGUGGAUUGUCAACGUGAUUUUUUUUCCCCCCUGUCAUUCUAAAUGUAUCUGAAUCUUUGCUUUCAUGUAGUUCAUGAAUCUGUAUCUCCAUGUAGACUGCUGAAUGCUUUUAACUCAGAAAGCUUCCUUUUGUUUAAGGGAGCUCUUAUUUUUCCUAAAAGUGUUUGAAUUGACACUGUAAGAUUCGUAACAAAAUAAUAAAUAAAUAUUUUGCGCUCUGGAGCACUUUCAAA